AAGUUUUGAGUGAUUUAAAGUAUCGAUUAUAAGAAUGUGCACUGUUACGAUUUAAUUAAGUUGCAAUUAUGUUUAUGAAUAUGUCACAGUAUAAGUGGAUUAUUAUUUGGAUGAUUUCGUCAUUAAUUAUGACAGGUGUAUUUUCAUGUGAUGAAGAGUAUCAACUAGUUCGACAUCUCAUGGACAAGUACGAUCCUUCAGUGCGUCCAGUGGAAAACUCGUCUCAUCCUCUCUUGGUCACGUUUGGGGUUUCUUUGCACCAUAUCAUUGAUGUUGAGGAAAAGGAUCAACUUUUGACGACCAAUUGCUGGAUCACCCAAAUAUGGACAGAUCAUCAUCUCAGGUGGAACAUUAGUGACUUUGAUGGCAUUAGUGUUAUAAGAAUACCGUACGAAAGAGUUUGGAAACCAGAUAUUAUAUUAUACAAUAAUGCGGAUCCAAACUACAGAUCCGCUGUCAUUAAUACCAACGUGAUAGUGAAGUACACAGGUGAGGUAACAUGGCUCAGUCAUGGGAUCUACGUAUCUGUAUGCGACAUCAAUGUUGAACAGUUUCCAUUUGAUAUACAGUUGUGUACCAUGAAGUGGGCUUCGUGGACUUACGAUGGUUUUCAGCUGGAUAUCCAGAAACAAUUUGAUGCAGGCGAUACUACGAAUUAUCAGACCAACGGUGAGUUCGAUCUCGUUAGCUUCGAUGCCAUUAAACACAACCAAUAUUACUCUUGCUGUGUGGAGCCAUAUCCUGACAUCACCUACGUCAUUAAACUACGCAGAAGACCGAUGUUCUACGUAUUCAACCUCAUACUGCCCUGCCUUCUCAUAAAUGGUAUAGCUCUGCUAGUGUUCUACGUUCCCUCGGAGUCAGGAGAAAAAGUCACACUGGGCAUAAGCGCUUUACUCUCGAUGACAGUCUUUCUUAUGACCAUAAGAGAUACUUUACCUCCAACGGAGAAAACACCUCUAAUCAGUCUGUACUAUGGAGUAAGCACAUGUUUGGUUUCCUUUUCAGCUUCCCUUUCAGUUGUUACUCUUAACAUAUCAUACAGAGGAGUGAGAGGGCAACCGGUGCCUGCUGUGAUACGAGAGCUGGUUCUACAACGACUCGCGCGCAUGCUGUGUAUCAACUUCGACACAGACUCUCUAAAGUCGGAUAGCAUGGUAACAACGGGUGGUGGGGUGCAAGUGAACCCGAGAACGGGAUCCAGGCUGAAGGCAGAAGUGAAUUGCGAGGGUCCUGCUCCUUCAUCGUCUCCACGGUUUUCUCGGCACAAUCACAACCAUUGCGGGAACCUGGGUCCAGCUCCUGGGCGAAUCACGGGGGACGUAGUUCCCAUGGGUUGUAUCGGCGCCUGUCCACGCUGCGUGUGCUGUGGCUGCACUAUACGGGAGGCAACCACAAGGCACGAGCAGCGCGUGGCAGCGAAUGAGAGACUGGAACGUGCAAACCUUGAGUGGAAGCAGGUGGCCGUCGUAGCGGACCGAGCGUUGCUUGCAGUUUUCGUUUUGGUAACCACUCUCGCUACGGGUGCAAUACUAUUGCCGCAACUCAAGAAUUUACACGUCGGAAAUACACCCUUAAAACACCCAGCUUAGGGCUUACUAUGGUUCCAUACAUCAUGCUUCUGUGUGAAAGCCCGCGAGAAAUCUGAGUUAAUUAUUUUUUUCAAUGUGCCGAACGCGUGCCAACUGUUAAUGUUAGUUAUAAGUGUAAUAUUGUUAGUAAAUUCUUAAGUCAAUUGAAAGAUUGUGUUAUUUGUAUAAAGAUAUUCUAAUGAUAUGGUAGUACCUAAUAAAUAAAUAGCAUUGAUUUAAAACGAUAUCGGUUUCCAGUGAUUUUUAUUUUUCGCAAAAAAAAAUUUUAACAGACA